UCUCUGGCAUGUGCUUGUUUGCCUGCUGCUGCUCUCCCGAGCACUUGCAGGACGAUUUCCAGGGGGACAGGACAAUGGACGACACCACUGCCCCUGUCACGAAGUCUGGAGCUGCCAAGUUCGUUAAGAGAAACUUCCUAGAGGCGCUAAAGUCAAAUGACUUCGGGAAAUUGAAAGCUAUUUUAAUCAAAAGGCAAAUAGAUGUGGACACAGUUUUUGAAGUUGAAGAUGAAAAGAUGGUUUUGGCAUCUUAUAAACAAGGUUAUUGGUUGCCGAGUUAUAAAUUGAAGUCUUCUUGGGCCACAGGCUUGCACUUGUCAGUCCUGUUUGGGCAUGUGGAAUGCCUUCUGGUACUACUGGACCACAAUGCCACAAUCAACUGCAGACCCAACGGGAAGACCCCUCUUCAUGUGGCAUGUGAAAUGGCCAACGUGGACUGUGUGAAGAUCCUUUGUGACCAUGGAGCUAAGCUCAACUGCUACUCCCUAAGUGGACACACAGCCUUGCACUUCUGUACGACACCAAGCUCCAUUCUCUGUGCCAAGCAAUUGGUGUGGCGAGGCGCGAACGUGAACAUGAAGACCAACAAUCAGGAGGAGGAGACGCCCUUGCACACGGCGGCCCACUUCGGGCUCCCGGAGUUGGUGGCCUUCUAUGUGGAGCACGGGGCCGUGGUGGACAGUGUGAACGCGCACAUGGAGACCCCGCUGGCCAUCGCCACCUACUGGGCGCUCCGCUUUAAAGAGCAGGAGUACAGCCCGGAUCACCACCUCGUCUGCCGCAUGCUGCUGGACCACCAGGCCGAGGUCAACGCCCGCGACGAGGACUUUAAGUCUCCCCUGCACAAGGCGGCCUGGAACUGUGACCACGUGCUCAUACACAUGAUGCUGGAGGCCGGCGCCGAAGCCAACCUUAUGGACAUCAACGGCUGUGCUGCCAUACAGUACGUGCUCAAGGUCACCUCCGUGAGACCCGCCGCCCAGCCUGAGAUCUGCUACCAGCUGCUGCUGAACCACGGUGCUGCCCGAAUAUACCCUCCGCAGUUCCACAAGGUGAUAAAGGCAUGCCAUUCUUGUCCCAAAGCAAUUGAGGUUGUUGUCAAUGCCUACGAACACAUCAGGUGGAACACAAAGUGGCGAAGAGCUAUUCCUGAUGAGGACUUGGAGAGGUACUGGGAGUUUUACCAAUCCCUCUUCACCGUGUGCUGUAAUUCUCCAAGGACCCUCAUGCAUUUAUCAAGAUGUGCCAUUCGGAAAGCGCUGCACAACAGAUGCCACAGAGCAAUUCCUUUGCUUUUCCUCCCAUUGUCAUUGAAAAAGUACUUGCUUUUAGAGCCAGAGGGAAUCAUUUAUUAAGCCUUAUGUGAUAGCAGUUCUCAGUACUAGAUAUUUAAAUGGAUUCAUUGGGUAGACACAGUUUACAUAAAUAAAAUGGUACUUGGGGUGAUUAUAGCACUUCAGGGAUUUCAAAACACUGCCAACACUGUGGCAUUAAUCCUGGAGUACCACGAUGGGGGGAAAUAAACAGGUAAAGGUAAGGAAUUUUCAAAGACAAUAUAUUCAGGAGGUACUGAUGCUACAAUAAAAGCUAACAUGUACAGUACUUGUACUAGAUGCUGAUAUAUUUUGUUUAACUUUAAUAUAUUAUCUCAUUGGAAAUGGGACCCAAUUUUUCAUACAACCCAUCUCAUGCUCUGUCUUAUCAGCAGUAAGUUUACAUUAUCGUUCAGGUUGUGAUAUAGCAUGUUUUAUGAUCAGCUUCUUAAAGCUGGUGUUCUGCACUGUGACUGUUUAGAGGUAAAUGACUAUCACUAGUCUUGCAAAUGCUUACUCCCCAAACUAAGCUCCUGAACUUGUUUUAGUGAAGAGUGCGCAUAAAUUCAGCCAAAGGAAGAUCUGAAAUUAGAAAUGAAGAAUCCACUUCAUAGGAAUGGCCAUUUCAGCACGCAUGCUCAUCGAGCCAGAGGCUCCAGAGGUGAAGAAGAGUCCCAUGUGGUUCCUGCCCUCCAGGGCCUCCCCCUUAGCAGAGCAGCCCGAGGUGUCUAAGCAGGUCACUGCUGUGCAGAAGGCCAGGGCCAGGGCGCAGGUGCAAACUCAUAGUCAGUGCGUACCUUUCCAAGUUGUGUUUGUCAUAUGAAGUGUAUGAUUUUUCUUUGAAG